UAUUUUUUUUUCCGUAGAUUGUAAUAGGAUAUGUAAUUGGAAUAUGUGAAUUUCUACUCGCUCACCCAUUAUUCUAGAACACUUGUUUUCGCAUGGAAAAGUUAAUUACGAUUCAUUGGAGAAUUGACACAUCCUCCGUCUGGCGUUUGGCUGCUAUUCGGCAAAAGCGGUGACGAAGGGAAAAUCGUUGUAUGGAUCGGCGUAGUUCCGGCGAACGCCGCUGGGAGUCGCUACGGUCACGAGGGGCCUUCGCCGUCUUGCCCGAGGCACCGGGGAACUCUGGCCGCGCGCGAGAAGGCAGCGCGACUGGCGACCAGAUGCGUAGUGUGCGUCAUCAGCGGAGAGUCUCACGGAUCCUCCAUUGGGCGUGCAGCAUGGCGCGGUCGACACCCAAGGUCUAGCUUGUGCCGGGUCUCUCGCGAGCGCUUGCGUGAGAGCGAAAGCGCGCAGUGGCCAAGGUACACGCAAGUGGACGACGGACGGCCAGGCAGUCGAGUGCGGCGGUGUCGGUCGGAGAGGAGCUGUGCCGAGCGGAGCGGCACUGCGCGGCGGCGCGCCAGGAGAGCGGAGCAAGAAGGGACGGAGAGUCGUGUGAGCGUGUGGAGCCGGCGCAGCGGCGCUGCUUCCGUGCGGCAGCGGCGGCCAGGGCCAGGGGUGCGCGGCGUGGACGAUGAGCGGCUCCUCGAGCAACGGCAUGUCGUCGCCCAGCACGCGCGUGGGCGGUGCCCCCGGCGGUGCUGUCACGGCCACCCCGGGCUCUUACAUGUACACGAGUAGUUCGGGGCUACUGCGCGGCACGACCGGCGGCGAGAAGGUGGCCCUGGCGCGCGCCGUGCCCCCGCCCACGCUGCCUAAAUACACGAGCAGCGGCUCGUUCCGCCUCGCCAGCCUGGACCGCCUGGCGCACCGACAGCGCCUCUUCGACCAGGGCUGCAACGGCUCCGUCCCCACGCAGAAUGGCACCGCUGAGGGAGGAGGUGGCGGAGUCGCGGCCGGUCGCCCAUGGCGGCGCCCACCGGACAACGCAGGUCCAGCGAACCCGAGCCCUCCGCCAGACGGCGCCAGCGGAGUAGCUGCAGCAGCGCUGCAAAGCAAGCGGGAGCUGUUCUUCAAGAACGAGCUGCCGUCCGCAGGCGGAGUCGUCGGCGCCACCCCACAGAGCCCGGCGGUCGGGACGACGGUGGCCAGCACGGCGCUGCCCGCGUCCGCUGUAGGCGGCGGCGUGAGCGGGGCGACCUCCGCCCCCGCAGCGCCCACGCCCAGCGCCAUCAAGGAAGCCCUCGCCGCCAAGCGCGCGGCGUCCGAACGCGCUGCCGCUGCCGCCGCCGCCCACGCAGCUGCAGCCGCUGCCGCCGCCAACGCGGCUGAAAACAACGCAGAGGACAACAAGGAGCGCUACAGCAAAGUGGAGAGAGACAAAGUGCCCGAGCGGAGGACCAAGGAGCUCGAUGGAUACGUCGGCUUCGCCAACCUCCCCAACCAGGUGUACCGGAAGGCGGUCAAGAGAGGAUUCGACUUCACCCUCAUGGUUGUGGGUGAAUCGGGUCUUGGAAAAUCAACGUUAAUUAAUUCGAUGUUCCUGGCUGAUAUAUAUUCAAAUGAAUAUCCUGGGCCCUCACAACGUAUAAAGAAAACGCUUCAAGUCGAGACAAGUAAAGUUCUUCUCAAGGAAAAUGGUGUUAACCUUACCCUUACAGUUGUUGAUACACCUGGAUUUGGCUAUGCUGUUGAUAACAGUAAUUGUUGGCAGCCUAUCAUAGAUUUUGUUGAAACAAAGUAUGAGGAGUUCUUGAAUGCAGAGUCACGAGUAAAUAGGAAAACGGUCCUGGAUAACAGAGUUCAUUGUUGUCUGUACUUCAUUGGACCAUCAGGACAUGGAUUAAAACCUUUAGACAUAGAAUUUAUGCAGAGGCUUCAUGAUAAAGUAAACAUUAUUCCUGUGAUUGCAAAAUCAGAUACUCUAACUCCUGAUGAAUGUGCUCAUUUUAAAAAACAGAUCCUCAAUGAAAUAUCUCAGCAUAAAAUUAAAAUCUAUGAAUUCCCUGACACAGAAGAUGAAGAGGAAUCAAAAGUGAACAAAGUCCUAAAAGAUCGUGUUCCUUUUGCUGUGGUUGGCUCCAACACUGUCAUUGAAGUAGAUGGCAAGAAAGUCAGAGGAAGAAAAUAUCCAUGGGGUAUUGCUGAAGUGGAAAACUUGGAACAUUGUGACUUCAUAGCACUUAGAAAUAUGUUAAUACGAACACAUCUUCAGGAUUUGAAAGAUGUCACAAACAAUGUACAUUAUGAGAACUAUCGUUGUAGGAAACUUGCUGGUUUGGGCACAGAUGGAAAGCCUACGAGAAUAUCAAAUAAGAAUCCAUUAGCCCAAAUGGAAGAAGAAAAAAGAGACCAUGAAACAAAAAUGAAAAAGAUGGAAACUGAAAUGGAACAAGUAUUUGAAAUGAAAGUGAGAGAAAAGAAACAGAAGCUUAAAGAUUCAGAAACCGAUUUACAACGUCGACAUGAACAAAUGCGCAGAGCUCUGGAACAACAAAUAAAGGAUCUGGAGGAUAAGAGAAGUGAAUUCGAAAAAGAGAAACAAAUGUGGGAACAAUCAAAUGGUGUUACUCUAGAAGACCUUAGACGUCGAAGUCUUGAAGCAAAUUCCAAAGAGACUGUUGAUGGCAAAGAGAAGAACAAGAAGAAAAAAGGUUUAUUCUAGUAUCUUGUAACACCAGGUACAAAUUUAUGAAGUCUUCAUCUGCUUGCAGUGCUAACAAUGCAGUUCCGAGUCAAACAAUCUGAAUGUCUGUUUGGAAACUCCUGGAAUUACGCAGUGCUUUGUGGUGAAUUUGUACUUUAGAAAUUGUAUAGUGUUGCAAUGCAGGCCUGACUUGUUGCAAUACUGCAAGAACUGCAUCUGUUGAAAUAUUUCGUGUGCCCUACAGUCCAUUGAAUGAAACUGUGUACAAACUUUUUAAUCUUGUAAUACGUGUUGCUUGUAUGUAUUUUGUGUUCUUUUAACUCCUCAUUUAACGUGUCUUUUGCCUUGAACCUCAAAUUAAUUCCCUUCUUUAUCUUUGCUAGAGAAUAUGAAAUGUAAAGAUACAAAUGUGUUAAUAAUUUUAUAAUAAAGGUUUCGAAUUUCAUACGAAUGUGGUAUGUGUGCAAUUUAUGAAAGUUCAAAAUACCCAUUACAAUGCUUGUUUUGUCUAUGAUUUUUCCUCUUUAAGCUUUUUAGUUAAAACUUUAACAAAUACAUUUUGCCUAUAUUUGAUAUUUGUGUUUCUGCCUUUAUGCUUUUCUUAUUGUAUGGAUGUCCCUUUUUAUAUACACAGAAAUGCAUAUGGACAUGGGCAGUUAUAGUACGUUUAUUUUGGAGCUCUAUGAGCUUAGUGGUCUGUCGUGAGAAUGUAAAUAUUUUGAAGAAUGUAUCCAAAGUGAUUUAUUUAAUUUUGUUUUUAUCUAGCAUGUGCCAUGUAACAGAUUGAUCAAUACUCAGGUUGACAAUGUCACAUAAAAACUUGGAAUUCAGCAGAAUUUAUCAGUAUUCAUGUGUUAAACUAAGAGGGAAUUUGUUAGUGUCACAGUCACUAUAUAUAUCUUGCAAUACUUAAAGUAACUGAAUUUCUUUAAUUUCUCAAAAAUUAAGUGGGAAGGGGGGGGGGUAGAUCUUGCAUAAUAUUGAUAUUUGAUUCCCAAAGCUACUUUAUUGUAUUAGAAGUUAGUGUUCUGGAAUAAAACAAUUGAUUAACCUCAAGAAUUUCAGAUGUAGGUUUUAUGCUUCAGUGUUAUAAUUUGAAUACUUGAUUGCCAUGAUAAAUACAUUAAUAUGAAUAUUUGUAGCAUUUAACAGUAUUGAUAUCGGAACAGUUGUUGGAUUGAUCCGUAAAAGUGGUAACUUUAAAAUGUAUAGGAGGGAUGAUUAAUGUACAUGUCAGAUAAAUGUUUCUUUUUCUUUUCUUUUUUUUUUCCCCCCCACAAACUUGUACAAUUCUUUAAUUUACAAUAUAAUGGAUUUCAACCAUUAAAACAUUGUUAUUAAUAUGUAGAUCACUUUGUAAGUAGAAUAAGUGUAGAAUAUUGAAAUUUUAAGAUUCAUUUCUCUUUAUUUUUCCAAUUAAUUUUGAGAAGCAAUUGAUUGGUUAAAAAGAAUCCCAUACACUUGGUGUAUAUAUUCUGGUGUGAGUCAGAGUGAAUAAAGCUACAGCAGUACAUUCCAGGUAGAAACAAAUCCAAAAUAAGGAUAUAAGAAUUUUUGCUGAAUUUCAUUCUUAUAGCUUCUUACAUCAGUCAUUGUAUUUUUGGCGACUGUUGAAUAAUUUGUAAACAUGUUCAACAGGGUCCACUUACAAAUUGAAACUGUUUUGAUGACUAAGUUAUUUAUUCAGUGUACCAUUAUUGUUAAUGUAUACAGUAUAAUUUACUAUUAUAUUGUUUACAAUGUUUUCUAAAUCUUUCAUAUUGAGAUACAUAAUGUAUCGUGUAUGGAACAAUGUAAAGACUAAAUAAAAUUACUAUGACUUU